AACCAGAGGAGAGCAACCAACUCGGUAAAAUUCAAGCAUGUCUUAAAGACAUAAAAACAUGGAUGACCUGCAACUUCUUGAUGUUAAACUCAGACAAAACCGAAGUAAUUUUAAUCGGCCCUGAGCACCUCAGAGAUCAAUUAUCUGGUGAUGUGGAUUCUGUAGAGGCAUUGCUCUAGCAUCCAACACCACUGUAAAGAAUCUUGGCGUUAUCUUUGAUCGGGACUUGUCCUUUAACUCCCACGUAAAGCAAAUCUCAAGGACUGCAUUCUUUCAUCUACGUAAUAUUUCAAAAAUCAGGCACAUCUUGUCUCAAAAAGAUGCAGAAAAAUUGGUUCACGCGUUCGUUACUUCGAGACUGGAUUACUGCAACUCCUUAUUAUCAGGCUGCUCUAAUAAAUCUCUUAGGUCAACUUCUUAUUAUCAGGCUGCUCUAUAAGUCUCUUAAGUCAACUCCUUAUUAUCAGGCUGCUCUAUAAGUCUCUUAGGUCAACUCCUUAUUAUCAGGCUGCUCUAAUAAAUCUCUUAGGUCCCUCCAGUUGAUCCAGAAUGCUGCAGCUCGUGUUCUCACUAAACUAAGAAAAGAGAUCACAUCACUCCUGCACUAGCUGCUCUGCACUGGCUCCCAGUAAAAUCAAGAAUCACUUUUAAAAUUCUUCUCUUAACCUACAAAGCCUUGAUUGGUGAUGCUCCAUCAUAUCUUAAGGAGCUUGUAGUACCAUAUUGCCCCACUAGAGAGCUACGCUCACUAAAUGCGGGACUACUUGUAGUUCCUAGAGUCUUAAAAAGUAGAAUGGGAGCCAGAGCCUUUAGUUAUCAAGCUCCUCUUCUAUGGAACCAGCUUCACCUUCAGUCCGGGAGGCAGACACAGUCACCUCGUUUAAGAGUAGACUUAAGACCUUCCUCUUUGACAGAGCUUAUAGUUAGGGCUGAAUCAGGUUCACCUGGUCCAGCCCCUUGAUAUGCUGCUAUAGGCUUAUAGCUGCCGGGGGACGUUUAGGAUGCACUGAGUACCUAUCUCCUCUUUUUUCUCUCCUUAGGGAUGAAUGUUCAUCUCUCAAUCACACGUUACUAACUCUGCUUUCUCUCCGGAGUCCUUUUGACUUCACGUCUCAUGGGGUCAUCGGACCCUAUGAGACGGCAUAGAUCCUAUCUGCUGAUGGAGCAUCGAGGUCUGGGUCGUGGAAUUCCUGCUCCUGACUACGCCACUAUCCUGUUGAGACUCCGCCCACUGUUGAGACUCCGCCCACUCCUCCUCCCCACCGCCAUCUGCCUGAUGGAUCGUGGAGGUCUCCAUCGUGGAAUAUGCCAACUAUGAACUAUUCAUACACUCUGUCACAUUCAUUGAAUGUAUUUUAACUCUAAAUCUGUCCCUCUGGUCACAUGACAUCUAUUGCAUCUGUCCAUCCUGGAGAGGGAUCCUCCUCUGUUGCUCUCCUGAAGGUUUCUUCCCUUUUUUACCCCUGAAGGGUUAUUUGGGAGUUUUUCCUGGUCCGAUGUGAGGUUUUGGGGCAGGGAUGUCUAUGUGUACAGAUUGUAAAGCACUCCCAGACAAAUUUGUAAUUUGUGAAAUUGGGCUAUACAAAUAAACUGAAUUGAAUUGAAUAUAUUUGUAUAUAUCUAUAUAUAUUUGUAUAUAUAUUUGUAUAUAUCCACAUGUGUGUGUGUGGGGGGGCGUAGUCAGACUUCCUGUCAUGCAGCAGAGACACAGAGACCCAGUGAAGCUGCAGAGGAACUUCAUCCUUUGAGGGGAAUCUGAGCUCCUCCUUCAGAACCUUCAUGUCAAGGAGGAACCGGAAGCCUUUAUCGUCACCUUUAUUGCACCGUCGGCUGCUGCCGUCUAGUGGUCACGCUGCGUUUAGCCCCGCCCACCGGACGUGUCGUCACGUGACUUUCCCCUUUCAUCCCAGUCACGUUUGACGUGUCGGUGGCUGCGAGCUUCCCCCGGACCGGAGCCCAACAUGCGGCUCACCUGAGCGCUGCCGCCGGACAGGGUGCUGAUCAGGGUGCUGUGUCUCCUCAGGGUGCUGCGACAGUAAACUCAGGGGACGAUGGUGAAGUAUUACUGCUGCGCAGGUUUGCUCAAAAGCACCUGGGACCAAGUGUGUAUCGCCUUCUGGCAGCGGUACCCCAACCCCUACAGUAACCAUGUCCUGACCGAGGACAUCAUCUUCAGAGAGGUCACACCGACCCACUGCCUGAAGUCCAGGCGCCUGCUGACCAAGACGAGCCGCGGGCCUCGCUGGAUGGAGCGCUACCUGCCGAAGCACAUGGCCAGCUCGGCCUACAUCAUCGAGGACUCCAUCGUGGACCCCCAGAAGAGGACCAUGACCACGCUCACCUGGAACAUCAGCCACACUCGCCUCAUGUCCGUGGAGGAGCGCUGCGAGUACCGGGUCGACCCGGACGACGGCGGCUGGACGGAGAUCCGGAGAGAAGCCUGGAUCUCCACCAACGUCUACGGGCUCUCCAGAGCGGUGCAGGAAUUCGGUCUCUCGAGGUUCAAGAAGAGUGUGACAAAGACCAUGAAGGGCUUUGAGUUCGUGCUCUCCAGAAUGCAAGUACACAAGUUGAUCUCAGGCUCUGCUGUGACGUCUGCAGGGGAAACUCCAUCCAGAACGUUAACAGAAGCGGCGACGGAUCGAGCCCGAGGGACGGCGCUGGCCGCCAAGGAGAAGGCCAAAGACCUCGCCUCCCAGGCCCAGAAGAAACAAUACGUGUGAGGAGCCAAGGAGGUGGGACCCGAGGAGGUGGGACCCGAGGAGGUGGGACUGAUGGGUCUCCAGCUCCAGACCUCGGGAGGAGACAACGGACUCCUCUGGCCUCGACCUUCAUCCUGAGGAGACAACAGAGUCCUCUAUGAGGACCACAGAGUCCUCUAUGAGGACCCCAGAGUCCUCUAUGAGGAUCCUCUGGUGGACCACAAAGACCUGAUUGAGGCUACAGAUGUUCCUGGAUAUUAUUUCAUGAGGCUUCUGAUUGAUGUACAUUUAUAUAUUUAGGCUAUUAAACAGAAGUGACAUAAUUGAGUCAGGAAGUCGUGUACCCACAAUAUGUUGUUAAUAAUUAUGAGAUAUUGUUUUAUAAGCUCCCAGAUUAUAUUAUCUUUCAUCUUGUAGUUUAACAUUCUAGUGUGAAUGUAACUAACAAGUUAAUAUUCUAAGGUUUACGAUUCUGUUUGACUUAGUGAUAUAUAUAAAAUCUCUUUUACGGUUUACUGCAAAUGAUAAUAACUAGAAUCAUAAUUGUGAUAAUUUUGUACCAAUCUUCCAACAAGCAGAGCCUCUCAGAACCAGGCGUGGAAUAUGGAUCCAUGAAGUCCAUGUGGCUCUGACCGUCGUUUACUUUGGACUCUGGGCCUUUCAUGUCUUUUAUCAUGUUUUCUAUCUCCGGGGCGCUCGGCGUCCUGCGGACCAUCGAAGGCUCCGGUGGUUUCUCACCGGCGCUCCUGAAGUGCCUGAGGGCUCCGUGUGAUGUCACUGUAGUGAUGACGCAAUGUGCUCCGAAUGCAUUGAUUACAUAUCUUGUCAAUAAAUGAACAUUUCCUUUG